ACAAAACCAAACCAAACUCCCCCCUCCCUUCCUCUCUCUCUCUCCCAGCAGAGAGACCGAGGGAGAGAGCGAGUGAGAGAGAGAGCGAGCAGAGACGACAGAUCAAAACCAAACCAGACGAAACUCUUUUCGUUGAUCCAUUUCUUCCUCAUCUUGUUCCUCAGUGAAUAAUAUAUAUCUACAUCUGUAUCUUUAUCUCCAUGAGGAUCCGCAAGAACGCCAGGCUUGGUGGUUCAUUGCCGACCGAGAAGCUUCAGCCCCUCGUGUGCCAGCUGAACCAGUCGCCAUGGGAUGUGAUCCCCUUCGGCUCCGAUUUAAUUCAGGUUAAUAUGUGUCCCUCAUCCCUCACUAUUUCUCUUGGGCUUCGUUCUUCGCUGUUUCCACAGUUCGAGUAUGGAGAAGACGAUAGCUUCGCGGGAAACGCAAAUGGCAGUGCGGGCAAUUCUGGUGGAGCUGUUGAGAGCGUUGCGUCACCGAUGGACGCGGAACUGAAGUCCCCGCCAAAUAUACAGCACGUAGUCGUCCACGAUAAUGACGACUUCAGCGAGCAGAAUGGAAUUGCGCAGCCGGAUUACAAAGCUGGUGGGGAGAACAAGACGACGUCGUGCGGCCAAUGCAAGAAUAACGAAGCUAAGAAGCAAGGGCAAUCCAACCACGAGCACAACAAUUUAUCUUCAGCGAGGUCGAAGAAGGCGGCCGCAUUGGCCGGAGCUCGCCGCACGAGAGCUCAGAGCGCGAAGAAGGCUCCGUCGGCGACUUCGAACCCAUACGAAUUCUACUAUUAUUCUGGGUUCGGUCCGCUGUGGGGAAAGCGGAGAGGGGGAAGAAACGGAGGAUUGAAUAAUAAGAACGAGGUUAAAGCGAAAGGAGGCGAAGACUCGACGAUAACUGAAGCAAAUGGCGCUACAAUUCAGAGUCCUUGCUCGUCUUCGCAGAUUGAUACCGAGGGAUUUGAUUACGCAGACGACGAAGUUGAAGAAGACUAUGAUGACGAAGCAGAAGAAGGGAACGGAGAAAGCGGGAAGAAGCGAGUGAGGAAGCCAGUGAAGGCAAGAUCGUUGAAAUCGCUCAUGUGAGAUGGAAUUACAUGUAGUUUUAAUUUUUUUUUUAAAUGUUUAGCGGGGGAUCCCCUUCAGCUUUGGGCUAUUUUAGGGUUAUGAAUGAGAGAGAA